AUGUAUUUGUAAUUAAUUGCUUUAUAGAUCGUCUGCAGAAUUCAAUUGUUAAAUAACGAAACCAUUAUAUAUGCAUGGAUUAACGCGUCAUCAAUCUUACCAACAAAAGUAUUUUAAACACGCUCCAAAUCGUCAACUUUUUUAAAUUUGUGACACAUUUUCGUGUUUAUUUACUUUUAAGUGACAAAUCCAUUACCAUGUGGUCCAAUUAUUUUCCCUCCCGUGGUAUUAACAAGGCUAUGGGCGUAUACUGUGAUUUCUCAACUGAUGCGUGUACAGUCAAUCGAUUUACUGAUAUUUGAAAAGAAAAAGCUAUCUCCAAUGUGAAGAUUAUAUAUUUGACCAGACACGUUGAUAGAAAUGGCAAAUGUUUUUACAAAAUGUUGUACAGCCGUGAAACAUUUUCCUAGCAGAUUUCUAUGUCUAUGUUUUCAUUUUCUGCAAGCAGGAAUACUUGAUUAUUAUUUAGUGACAUAUAAAGGGAAGGCGUGGCUUGCGUGUAUUGCAGCAGAUAUAGUGGUUGCCAUAGUGCUAUGUUUGUGCUUUUUUCUUUCGUACAGACAUCUAAAUCGUGCGAAACCAAAUGGAGAUAAAGAUGCGGAUCCAGAGUCGUCUAGUCUGCUGUUUGUUCCGAUAUCGUGGUUUGCUUACUCCACAUUACUUGCGAUCAAAGUAGGAAUUGCCUUCAAGGAUUUUGUUUUUCUUCUAAGUGAAGACAUUUUUUUCGGACCAAAUACAUUGAAAACAACUAUUGCUCUAGGCGGCGUUAUAUUUGCAUUAUUGUUAGCGACAAAUCAUGAUGCUAAGCCUGGUUCCCCGAGAAGAAAAUAUAUCGACGAAUUGACGGGAACAGUAAUAUUCGAUAUUCUUGACUGCGUGGACAGUAUGGAAAUCUUGUUUUCCAAAGAGGAAAGGGACACUUUUCCAACAGGAAUGGACGAUGCUAUUAUUGGUAUCGCGCUUAUUAAUUUUAUAUUACCAACAAUACCGCUUAUAACUCUUUCUAAAACUAAGUAUGGAGAGGCCAAACUGUCACAUAAGCUUGUUAUGAUUCACAAAGUGUUACUAGCAUUUGUUGUCAAUUUACCGUUACUGAUAACCCGGAUGAUCUUAUGGCAUGGUUUAAGUCGUGGAAUAUCUAUUUUCUCAUUGAAAAAUGUCAUAGUGAUUGGGAUGAUCUCUUUUGACUUGUAUGAAACAUUAGAAGGAGAAGAAAACGAACAAACUGAGAAUAAUAAAGAUGGCGUUUCAUCAUCUGGACAGGACGGACCAGCUGUAGAAUCGUAUGCAAUGGAAGACAGGUUUAACUACAUGGAUUAACAUCUCAUAAACGGGAGGCGUAGCUUACGGAUCACCCAAAUGAAAAUUGAUGGAUCCGCCACUACAAGUCAUACUGCUUGAAACUGAGAUAUGCUCAUAUGAUACGCGCUUCUAUACAGAGACUGGUUUAGACCAGACUAACAUUGUAAGUGUCGUUCAUAUGAGUAUAACGAAACCAGCGCGGUCUAUAUUUGAGUUAGAUGAACUACAUGUGUAACCGGUAAAAUAAGUGGAUAAAUACACGUAGAAGACAAGAACAGGGGUCGUAUUUUUUUAGUAUAUACCAGUUGUACAAGAAAUUUAUAUUGAACGGAUGGAAUGGAUAUUGUUCAUAAAAAACAUAAUCUAUUAUAUCAGUUGAGUUAUUAUGUAUACAUAUAAGAGUCACUAAAAG